AUGGCGGUACCCCCAGAGCAAGUCAAUGAAAUAAAGCAGAUUAUUCAACAGCAUUUGUCUCGGGAAACUGUUCAGAAUAAGCUGAAAUCCCUGCUGCCAGAUCUGAAGGUGGAUCAGGGUGUAAGGGACACAAAGUCUGCUCUGAGCCGUAGUGACUUAGUGAAGCACCUGAAGGAAUCUGGUGCAAUUGACAGCAUCAUCAAUGAUAUUGAACAAGCUAAGAACAAUAACUGCAUGAAGGGAGACAAGGUUGUUAUCUCAAGUGACUGUGAGAAAAAACGAAAACUGACCAAUAUGAUGGACAGCUUGGAAUUUCCAGUCACUGGGAACUCUAAACUUUGUUUUAAAGUACUUGGAGGACGGGCAUUCCUUGAUCACCUCCAGCAGCAAGCAGUUAAGUCUUCUUUCACUUUGCACAUACUCUUCAGGGGCCAAAGAGUGAGAAGUCGAAGGGUACCAUGCACAUGUGACCCAGAAUUUAAUGAAGAAUUUAUUUUUGACUUUAAAAAAAGCCAAGAUGGUCGAUUGCUGGAAACAUCUUUGUUGUCCAUCACAGACAAACUAAAUCUUGUUCUAACAAGGACUGAUGCUUUUGGUACAAAAUUUUUGGUUUCUACUCAUUUGUUUGAAUGGCGUCAAGUAUUGACUGUGGAUAGGCUAGUCACAUCUAUAGAAUUGAUGGGUGCUGGAAAGAUGCCUGUAGGUUUACUGGAAGUAGAGCUGUACAUCAAUCCUCGUCCUUCCAAACUAUUGACCAGGGAUAUCAUUGACGAACAAUGCAAACAGGAACUUCGCUUCUUUAGGGAGAAUGAACGGAGGUUUUUUGUCUAUGCCAGUAAUUGGUGGCAAGAAUUUCAGGAGAUUAGGGAUGAUCUCAAAGACAGGAUGGUGAAAAUAUUUGCUCAGGAUGAGAAUGGUGAAAGACGUCCUGUAUGUUCAUUUGUUCGUCCAAUUCGAACAAAUCGACUACUUAAUACUCCUCGUGAAGCUGCUCGCUUUGUGGGUCUCAUCCAUGUUGGAAAAUCCGAGUCAGUUGGUCAAGGAAUGGUCCAAGAGAAAUGGACAUCAAUGCAUGCCUUUCUUUGCUGCAACAAAGGGGAAUCUAUGGACCAUGCAGUGCUGUUGUGUAGUUUAUUAUUGGGAUUUGGUUUGGAUGCUUAUGUAUGUGUAGGAACAAAGUCAAAGGGUGAUUUCCAUGUUUGGGUGAUCACCAUAAGUUGUUCAGGUGUUUUCACAUUUUGGGAAAGUCAGACUGGUGAUACGUACUUACAUAAACCUGUCCAUAUUGGUGAUCUCUCUCACAGCAAGCAUCCACAUCCGUAUCCUUAUCGAACUGUAGGAUGUGUUUUUAAUCACAAGAGUUUUUAUGCCAAUAUCCAGCCAUCAGAUACUGUGGAGGUAUGUGAUUUUGUUCUUAAUGAACGCACCAAAUGGAAACCAAUGUCCCCAGAUGCUCUGUGUUGGCUUUAUGAUUCACCAGCAUGCCCCUUGUGGACACCUUUUUGCCACCUGAACCGAAGCCCUAUUGAUCCAAUCAAUAAAAGCAACAUCCUUGAGGCACAACUUCGACAUAUGAUCACCAUUCAAAGACAAGCUGAGGGACUGACAACCCAGUGGGAUGACCAACUGAGCUAUUUGCUAUUAUCCCGACUUCAUUAUUUUGAGAAUGAGCGGAUUACCGGCAACUCCUCUGGUACACAAGAAUUUAAGGAUGCUUUACAGAAAAUGAUGUUAGAUGAACAGGAAUUCAAUGGCUUUCCCAUUCAACAGAAACAUCUAAACAUGCAUUUGCUAUUUAAAGAGUCAAUGAAAUCCAGCAAAUGCCAACAAAUAAUCCAAUGUCGAGGAGAUAAUGUCAGGCAUGCUGUCAGUGUUUGUGUUUUUCCUUACCCAGAAGACGUCUGUGCCACAUGGACUAUGUAUGCUUGCAUUUACCAUAGAGUUGCCUAA